GCUUAUUUCCGGUUAAACUUUAUUUAUAAGUUGUAAUGUAAUAUCAAUAUUGGUACGUAUUGUAACAACACCGCGCAUUUCAACCCGAUCACAACAACAUGGAAGACGCCGUUGAGGCCCUUUUCAUAAGCACGAGCAGCGAGGACAAGACGACAUGCAGCGUGCAGGAUUUGCGGACAGGCACAGACCUGAUGCGCUACAAGGGCGGUGGAUGCGCCCAGCACCACAGCCUGAACAUGAUCCACCUGAACUACGUGAUGGCGGCAAACUCGGCCAAGCCACUGCUCCACGUGUGGCCCAUCAACAAGCAGGAGCAGAUGGCCGGACUGCGGUUCGUGGUGCCCGGCAAGGUCAACGCAUUGGCCCUGACGCCGGAUGGGAACUUUUUGGUGGCCGGCAUCCAGGAGAACAUCUAUCUAUGGCACAUGAGCACCGGCCGUAUGCUUAACACCCUGUCCAAGCACUACCAGGCGAUCACUUGCCUGCGCUUCACGGACAACGGCGAGCUCUUCAUCAGCGGCGGCAAGGACGGAGCUGUGCUUGUCUGGGAUCUCACCUUCUCCGCCGCCCCACUGGACACGGGCGGGGGCAAGGAUAGCACGGAGCCGUUGUACAGCUUUAACGAUCACGGUCUGGCGGUCACUGAUCUAUACUCCGGCAUCGGAGGCAUUCGUUCCUAUCUGUACACCGUGUCGCUGGAUCGCUGCUGCAAGGUGUACGACCUGUGCGGGGGCGUCUUGCUGCUGAGUGUGGUGUUCCCAGUGGCCCUGCACAGCGUGAUUGUCAGCAAGAUGGAAACCAGGGUGUAUGUUGGCUCCAGUGACGGCAAGGUGUUUGUCUUUCAUAUGGAAAACGCGCCGCGCAUGAAGGAAUACCACCUAGAGGAGGAAGAAAUCCAGGCCUUUGUGGGCCACACAUCCGGCAAGGCCAUCACCUGCCUGGCUCUGAAUAUAAGCGCUACAACGCUGGUCUCCGGGGGCGAGGACAACCAGGUCUGCGUCUGGGACGUGGGCAGCAGGCAACUUAUCAAGAGCCUGUCCCAAAAAGGCCCGGUAACCAACCUGCAUAUCCGCCUGCUCAGCCCAGCCAUCUUUCUGCCGGAGCACAAGCAACCGCAGAUGUUCGCCGACAGUCUAAAGCGGAUGAUUAGUCCGUGGGAUGAGAAUGACUGUAUCGAGCUGUUCGAUCCGGACUACUCCGGGGGACGCAAGACACCGGAGCUGGACUACACCCAAAGUCAUCCGGGUACGGACGAGGAGAUAAUACUCAAACUUAUAGCUUCCAUGAGUUCGGGAAAGAAUGAGGACGACGACGAAAUUGAAGCGGAAACCAAAGCUACAAAUGUCGAGCCCGCAGUAGAGGUCGUGGAUUCCGAGGUCGAAGACGAAGAACCCGAAGACGAGCCAAUGGAAACCACCACCAAGGAAGCGAAGUCCGAAAAUUCGUAUGCAGAAUAUAAGCCAGGUUCAGCACAGACAAGCGACGAAAGAGUACAAAAGCUGCUGGCCGAGAAUGCGUGCCUCAAGGCGCAGUCAAAGCGCAUGUUCCAGAUAGCUUUCAAGUAUAUUGCUAGCUCUGACACUGGCCAGGGUGAAAUCGCAGAAAAGACUAAGCGCAAGAAAGCGCGCGAGACACAGUGAACCUUAAGUUUGCCUUCAAUUACGUUUACUUAGGAUUUAGAACAAAAAUACAUGAUAGCAGAAAGAAACA